UUUCUUAUCUUCCUUCACAUCUCUUUCUUCUUCCCCAACAGUUCGAAUUUACACAAAUGUUCCCUUCGCACUACCCCUUGAGCGAAGGGAACAGUACUUUUUCUAAUUCUUUCCUGGACUUUUUGGAAUAUUCCCCAUUCCAGGUUUCUUUCUCAUAUACUUUCACAUCUCUUUCCUCGUCCCCAACAGUUCGAAUUUAGACAAAAAAUGUUCCUUUCGCACUACUCCUAGAGCGAAGGGAACAUUAACUUUUUCCAAUCCUUCCUUGAACUUCUCGGAAUAUCUCCCAUUCCUCCGUAGGUUUCCUUCUCAUCUACUUUCAUAUCCUUUUCUUCUUCCUUGCAAUUCGAACUUACACAAAGUGUUCCCUUCGCACUACUGCCUAGAGCGAAAGGAACACCAACUUACUUUCGACUUAAAACGAAUUGAAUCAUAAUUUUUUUCGUCAUUCCUUUUAUUUAGUAUAUGUACUUUUAAAAAGUCUCAAAACUUUCUUUUUUCCUUAAUUAGCCCCAAUGUGCAAUUUGUACGUUUUGGUUUGCUUUAAUAUAAGAAGAUAAUAAAUUUUUGAAUGAAUUGAUUUUUUAAUUUUAAUUUUGUUUUUUCAAUAAUAUUUAUUUUUAAUUUUUUUUCUCAUUUAUUUUAGUAUUUUUGACAAACUUUUUAAGUUUAAUCUGUCUUAUAAUGGAAGAAUGGACACCUACUGCAAUGUCUUAUGAAGAAGCAAGUAGCACACUCAAAAAAUGGCGGGAAGAGCACGCAAGACGUUCAGAAGAUGUUGUGGAAAUAUGGGAAUUUGUAUUGAGUAGAUAUUGUGCUGCUUUGGGUGAUGAACUUUGGGUUGUUUUGGAACAGGUAGCAAUUGCAGCUUUAGACCAAGCCCGUCACGAUUUGGCAAUUGAUUGUAUUCAACAAUUACACCAACAAUUCCCCAAAAGUAUGAGAGUUACAAAACUUCAAGCAAUGCGUUUAGAAGCUAUUGGGAAUUAUGAAGAUGCCGAUAAACUUUACGAAAAGCUUAUUGAAGCUGAUGAAACUAAUCAAGUAUUUCGAAAACGUCGAAUUGCCAUUUUGAUAGCUAAAGGGGAAAGGCAGGGAGCAAUACGUGAAUUAAAUAAAUAUUUGGAAAGCUUUGGAACGGAUACAGAAGGGUGGUUGCAGCUUUCGGAACUUUUUCUUCAAGAAGGGGAUUAUACUAGAGCGGCAUUUUGUUUUGAGGAAUUAAUUCUUUCAAAUCCACACAAUUCUUGUUAUUUACAAAAAAUGGCAGAAAUACGCUAUACUUUAGGAGGGCAAGAAAAUAUUGAAUUGGCAAAAAAUUAUUUUGAAAAAUCGGCUUCAAUAUCUUCCAGUGCUGCUUCACUUUAUGGAUUGAUUUUGUGUUACAAUCAACUUGCCCAAAAAGCUUCUGGACAGCGUAAACACGAAAUUGUUUUGGCUGCCCAAAAUGUUUGUGAUCGUUUACUUUUAUUAUACGACAAUGAAGAAACAGAUACAUCUUCAAAUGAGAUUAUAGAACGGCAACCAAAUUUUGAAAAACAAAUUGGGGUUAUAAAAUUUUUAAAAAGUUGUUUUAAAGAAUGAAGAGAGGACCUUUUAGAAAUUAAAUAAAAUUAUUUUUAGGAAAUGGUAAAAAAAUUCUUUUUAAUGUUUUUUGAAUUUCCUUCUAAUAUUAUCUGAUAUAAACUAAAUUAGUGAGUGGACAUUUUGUGUUUGAAAGUUUUAGGCCAGUGAAAUUUUUAAGCUAGUGGGAGGCUAAGCUUAAUUUUGGGGUGAAAAUUCGAAGAGCAAAAUAAUAGCUUAUCCGAAAGAGCUCGAUAAACAUAUUCCUAUCUUCGUGGAGGGCAUGCCUGACUUCUCCGUAGCAGCAAAAAACUUCACGGAGACCAUAGGUAAGGAAUUAAAACAAGAGGCCAUAACUUGUCCAAAAUUGU